UAUGCAGGGACAGGUACUUGUUUUCCGAACCUCAGGUUUUCGGACCUUCUGACAAUCUUCCCUGUUAAGUUCGCCCUCGCCGUGCCUACUGUUAUCUCUCUCUCUCUCCUCGCUUUAUCUCUCUACGCUUUUAUCGGUUGAAGCUGGGGCUUAGGGUUUGUGACGUGGAGAUCUUGUUUGGAUCGGCAAUGCAGGCCUUGAUCUAUUGGACUGGACUUGAUUGGGGACAAGCAUAGUGAUUGGUUUCUAGCUUUGUAAUUGUUGGUGAUUGCACCAAAUCAUGGCGCAGAGUAAUUGGGAAGCUGAUAAGAUGCUUGAUGUUUACAUUCAUGACUAUUUGUUGAAAAGAAAAUUGCAUAAUUCUGCAAAAGCUUUCAUGACUGAAGGGAAAGUCGCCACUGAUCCAGUAGCUAUUGAUGCACCUGGGGGAUUUCUUUUCGAAUGGUGGUCUGUCUUUUGGGAUAUAUUCAUUGCAAGAACAAAUGAGAAACAUUCUGAACCUGCAGCAGCUUACAUAGAGACACAACAAAUGAAAGCAAGAGAGCACCAACAACUGCAAAUGCAGCAGUUGCAACUCCUCCAACAGCGUAAUGCUCAGUUGCAACGAAGGGACCCUAAUCAUCCUCCGCUUGGUGGUCCUAUCAAUGCUAUGAACUCCGAAGGAAUGAUGGGCCAGCCAUCAGCCAGUGUUUUGGCUAUGAAAAUGUAUGAAGAACGAAUGAAACACCCGCAUUCAAUGGAUUCAGAGACUUCUCCAGCUAUUAUUGAUGCCAAUAGGAUGGCCCUUCUCAAGUCAGCAACCAAUCAUCAAGGCCAGUUGGCACAAGGCAAUUCUGGCUUGUCUGUGGGUUUGCAGCAAAUUCAGGGACGAACUCCACUGACCACUGACAUCAAACAAGAAGUUAAUUUGGGCACACCUCAGAAGUCUUUGCCAAUGGAUCCUUCAUCGAUAUAUGGACAAGCAAUUUUACAACCAAAGUCUGGACUUGGUGGUGCAGGAUUAAAUCAAGGUGUCACUGGUCUUCCAUUGAAGGGUUGGCCUCUAACUGGGAUUGACCAGUUACGACCAAGUUUAGGUUUACAAGUACAAAAGCCCAAUCUACAGACCCAAAACCAGUUUCUUUUGGCAUCACCGCAACAGCAGGUCUUAGCACAAGGCAACCUUGGAAGUUCACCUAACUUUGGUUUUUCUGGUUUGCCAAGGGGUAGCUUGAACGUUAAAGAUGGUCAACCCACAAGAAAUGAUGGAUCUAUAUGCUCUCCCGCACAAUCAAAUUCACCGAAGAUGAAGAUGGCUCAGAUGCAACAGUCUUCUUCUCAACAACAGGAUCAGAUGCAGCAGCAGCAACUGCAACAGAAUAAUCGAAAAAGGAAACAACACUCUUCUUCUGGACCUGCCAACAGCACAGGUACAGGAAAUACAGUUGGCCCCUCACCAAACUCUCCACCAUCAACUCACACACCGGGUGAUGGAAUUACUACCGCAACUAGUCUGCAGCAUGUCAACAGUGUGUCAAAAAGCUUGAUGAUGUAUGGGUCAGACGGAGCAGGAGGUCUUGCGUCGUCUACAAAUCAGUUGGAAGACAUAGAACAUUUUGGAGAUGUCGGUUCUCUGGAUGAUAAUAUGGAUUCAUUUCUGUCGCAUGAUGGAGGAGAGGGAAGAGAUCUGUAUGGCACCUUAAAACCAGGUCUUACUGAGCAUAAAACAGAGUCUUCUAAGGGUUUUUCCUUUGGUGAAGUUGGUUGUAUAAGGACAAGGAAUAAAGUUACCUGCUGUCAUUUUUCUUCAGAUGGGAAGUUGCUAGCUAGUGCUGGACAUGACAAGAAGGUUGUCCUCUGGAGUAUGGAUACACUGAAAACAGAAACCACACCGGAAGAACACCAAUAUUUGAUUACAGAUGUACGUUUUAGGCCAAAUUCGUCUCAGCUAGCAACAGCGUCAUUUGACAAGUCUGUGCGAUUGUGGGAUGCGGCUAAUCCAAGUUAUUGUUUAAAUGCGUACACCGGGCACCCUAAUCAUGUUAUAUCCCUGGAUUUCCAUCCCAAGAAGAACGAUCUUUUCUGUUUUUGCGAUAGUAACAAUGAAAUUCGCUAUUGGAAUAUCAAUCCAUUCACUUGCGCUCGUGUUUCUAAGCAAGGAGGCAGUGCUCAGGUGAGAUUUCAACCAAUAAGUGGACAUGUACUGGCAGCAGCAUCAGAUAAGGUGGUGUCCAUCUUUGAUGUCGAAACUGAUAGACAAACUCACGCAUUCCAGGGGCACUCUGGAGUGGUAAACUACCUGUGCUGGGAUCUUAACGGAGACUAUUUGGCAUCUGUCAGUGAGGAAUCCGUGAAAGUUUGGUCGUUAACCUCAAGGGAGUGCAUUCAUGAGCUUAGCUCCAAUGGGAGUCAGUUCCAUUCUUGUGUUUUUCAUCCAAGUUAUUCAGCUCUCUUGGUGAUUGGUGGAAUGCGGUCUUUGGAGCUCUGGAACAUGGCCGAUAAUAAGAGCAUGACAAUCUCAGGUCACGACAAUAUAAUUGCAGCUUUAGCACAGUCACCUGUUACAGGAAUGGUUGCCUCUGCAAGUCAUGACAGCUCCGUGAAGUUAUGGAAAUAAGUUUAAACUACACUUAAUUGGAGCUGCCUGCCUUAAUCCCACUGAUAUAGAACCUGGGAAAAGACUCAGCAGGGUGUUGCCAACUGUUGGAUGUAAGUUUUCUAUGCAUUAUUGUAAGAAAUGUGUUGUUUCUUGUAAUUUAAGACACAUUUCAAAUUAGUGCUUUUUUAUUUGUUUAAAGCUGGUGAGAAUCUAAACACAGGGAGCAGACAGAUGAUAGAUUGUUUGGUGGGAAGGUGAGGGAGAAGAGUGUAUGUAUGUUCUUCAAUAUUUUGAUUGUUCUGUGAUAAAAAUGACCCCAUGGUGGUUAUAGAAAGCACAGUCCAUCUCUUGUAAACACUUGGUGGUUGGACUUUAUUGACGAUUCUCAUGGUCUUUAAUUCAAGGCACAAUUAGCACAAUGCCAGAUUAAAAA